AUUCUUCAAAAGAGAUUCAAUAGCGUGCGAGCAACGAAACAAAGCGGUAAUGCUGGUGUGCGUCGCGUAAGGCUUUACCAAAGCAACGAACAACGCAGUAGUGUGCGUGUGAGUGUGUAUGCGUGCCUUGCGAGUAAGUGUAUUGUCAAUCGUACUAGGAAACGUUAAGGUAUGAGCUGUAGGGAUGUGAAUAAUUACAAAAUUUUAACUGAAAAGUAAUAAAAAAAAAACGGUGCAGCCAGGCAAAUAAACAAAUCAUGCAAUCAGGCAUCGAUCAGUAAUAAAGUUAUGUUGCGAAUUCCAUUCGGGCGGUGGUUCCAUGCGGUGCAAUUGUUUGCAGUUUGUCGAAUUUUAUUAUAUUUUAUGUAUUUCGUUUUUGUGUUAAGUGAUGUGGAAGUGUUGUGAACAUUAAUAUAUUUAAAUAAAGAAGAACAAAAACCUCCAACUGCACAAUAAUUCCAUCACCUGCCGUGCAAUAUUGUGGUGGUUAGGGUAAUGUUUGAUUUAUAGGGCAUGAGUAUGAUUGUUUUUACGAAUUCUUUCAACAUCCUUCUGGGAUGGAAUUUUACAUUUAAAAACUUGGCCUUGGUCGAGUGUGACAGUUAUGCUCUUAAAAACGUCGAUAGUAAGCAUAAUGACGGUUAAAGGAAAAUUCGAAUCCUUUUCCUUCUCUUCCCAAUUGAAGCAAAAAAGGGCGCAGUGGGCUUUUACAUGCGUUGUACAACGGGACGCGAGUUCAUGUACAAACACAACCCCUAUCGCGCUGCACUCUUUACUCAAACGUGUAAUUUCCACCCUUUCUCUUUUCCUCCCGUUGGUGGUCUCUGUUGCGCUAAAGGUAGCAGCUUGGCCAAAGCCGUUUCUGCGCGAGCCCAAUAAAGGCGCUUUUUGUGAGUUUUUGUUUUCUUUUCCGCCAACAUAUUUGGAAGUUUAGUAUAGAAUGUACAAUGUUUCGUAUGCAUUUGCUGCGAUGUGUGCCUGUGUGCGUGUGCAGUGUUCGUUGCUAGAUUAGUGUGUGUGCGAAAUGAUCCUGUACGUGGCGUUGAAAGGAUAGCGCGCUCGAGAAAGCAUCUCUGUGUGUGUGUUUGAGUGUGUGUGUGGGUAACGGUGAAGGUGUGCGGGAAGACAGCAAGCAAAAGGAGAAGAAGAAAAAAAGCAACCGUGAAAGCAACGAAAAAGCACAAUCAACCCCCCUUUCCUGCCUCUUGCCACCCGUCCCGUAACGCCUGACGCCGCGCCACCACCCUCCCCUUCUGCCCGAUCCGGCUCUUCACCAAGCAAAGCAACCAAAAGCACACAAAAGGACAUACGGUCGUGAACGAGCGAAGUGAGAGCACAAGAGAACGGAGAGAAGCGAGUGUGUGUUUGCUUGUGUGUGAGCCGCGCACCUGUCGUCGCUCGCAGCGAAGGGCAGCACGAAAGGGUUCGGUGAGCCCGGUCGGUCGUGAACACCCAGGCAUGAAGGUGACGGUGUGCUUUGGGGAGACACGCUUCGUCGUGCCUUGCCCGCCCGGUACGACCGUGCUGAAGCUGGAACAGGAAGCCAUUCUGCGAUACAAGCGUAAGAAUCCAGAUUCGUGGGUCGUGGUACAUCAUCUACAGUCACAGUCGGGAAUUCUCGACCCAGAAGAUCACAUCAGCGAUGUGGCGGAUGAUCGGGAGGAGAUCAUUGCACACUACGAAGACGCUGCAGUAGGUUUAGACCCAGGCGUACAGCAGGGUGGUGGUGAUGGUGCGAGCGGCAGUUCCGUUGGUACCGGCAGCCCGGACAUCUUUCAGACCUCAGGCCCGGGCGGCAAAGGUGGAGUUGGUGGUGUUGCCGGCACUGGUGAGUCACCCUCGGAGGGUACCACUACUGGUACGGCGGGUGUUGGAACUACUGCAGGUAUUGGUAGUAACACCGACAGCAUAGUAACGGUCGGUGGUACGGGUACCGGAUCCGGUGUGCCGGGUGUUGGAGGUGCUUCCUGUAUUGAGGUGUUUGCUAACGAGCCGGCACCACUCGGUUUGGGGCUGCAGGUGCGACGUGGCAGUGAACCCUCCCUGCAUCAGAUCGGUGUGACGGAGCAGCGCAGCCCACUGUACAACGUAAACCCGAACGGGAACCAUCAGGGUACGAGCAAACGCUGGUCAGCUGCACCGGUAUGUCGCAGUGACAGUGAUCCACCGCCGGAUCGUUUGCUUUCGCCGCAGCAGAACGGUGGUGGACCACCGUACCAUUACCAUCAUCACCAUCAUCUGCUGGCGGAGGAAUGGAACGUACCGGAGGAGGAUGGGCAGCAGCAGCACGACAGUCUGCUGCCACAAACGUUUAACCGUUCUGGGCGGCUGUCGAUGCAGUUUCUCGGUGCGGAAGCAGGCACCGGAUACCGGUGGAUGGAUGCGGCCGAGAAGGCAGCGGCAGCAGCAGCAACAGCAGCCACCAUCACGCCAUCAGCUUCUGCUGCUUCCACGGCGCCACACAACCAAUCGUCACCGGCCUACGGGUACCAGACGUAUCAGAACUACGUACAGCAACAACAGCAACAGCUGCAAAACCAUUCAUUUCACUCUGGCAGCAGCGAUACGAUGAUGGGUCGUGGUGGUAACAACAGCUUCAGCUCAAAGUCUCUACCAAGGGAGUCGACGCGCAAGGAACCGCUCGGGCAGGCGAAAGCAUCCGUCUACGAUUCGAUACGUGAGAAGGAUAGCGAAAUGCUACUGGUAGUGAACGAAACGGGCGGCCCGCUAGGACUCACCGCCAUUCCGGAUAUGGAACGGGGUGGGCUGCUGGUGCAGAGCGUGGAACCGGGCAGUCGGGCCGAACGGGGCCGAUUGCGGCGGGGCGAUCGCAUACUGGAGAUCAACAACAUUAAGCUCGUCGGACUCUCGGAAAGUUCCGUGCAGGAACAUCUUAAGAAGAGCCUCGCAUCGACGGAGCUACGAUUGCGGGUGGUACGGGGCAGUACCAGACAUCGGGCCGGUACGAAAGCGGACCAGCAGUACGGUGCCGGUCGGCUGGUAAAGAGUGGUAGCGGGCCACGCUAUCCGCGCGACAACCGUAUCGGACAGAUGAUGAUCGAAGCGGAGGAGAAACCAACGUCGGCGGCGAAGGUCGCGACGGUAUCGCCGACCCGUAAGAUACCGGGCGCACCCUCGACCGGUACAAGCCUGCAGGUCGCCAACACGCGCAAGCUCGGGAAGCGUAUCGAAAUCACACUCACGAAAGGUGACCAUGGGUUGGGCUUUUCCGUAACGACGCGUGACAAUCCGGCCGGUGGACAUUGUCCGAUCUACAUCAAGAACAUACUGCCGAAGGGGGCUGCUGUAGAGGAUGGUCGGCUAAAGCCGGGCGAUCGGUUGCUCGAGGUGGAGGGUAUCCCGAUGACGGGCAAAUCGCAAACGGAGGUCGUUUCGAUACUGCGCGGUACACCGCACGGUGCUACACUGAAGAUCGUUGUAUCGCGCCAGCAGGAACUAGCGGUCGAUGUGAAGGAGCGUGAAAUAGGUUUUAAUGUAGAAAGUGAACCAAAGAAUUCGCCACCGAAACCACCACCACCGGUGAUGCCAAAGUCAUCGCUGAAGCAAUCGAACAGUAGCAACAGUCUGUCGAAAUCGGUCGACACUGCUGCUGCGUACGGUGAUGGAAUGGAUGGUGGCAACCGGACGGGGGUAGCGAACUGUCGCUCCAUGCCAAAGCUUGCCUCCGGCACGGUAACGGCUUCCUCACCGAAAACACCCACCAUCCAGAAGAAACCGCUCGCCUCCAUACUGAAGUCAGCUUCGACGAAUCACGUGGCAGAGUUGCUGCAACAUCAUCAGCACGAUACGGGCGGUGGUACGGGUCGUGGUGGUGGUGGUGGAGGCGGAGGUGGUGUUGCUACUGCUAGUGGCAAUAUUAGUAACGGUAGUGUAACGUCCAAUAACAGUAGCGGCGUUGGUGGAGAAUCACUGAGCGGUGCGGCGUGGAAGAACCGUGAGAUACUAACACUCCACAUACCGGUACACGAUACGGAGAAGGCCGGGCUGGGUGUAAGCGUAAAGGGUAAGACGGGUUCCGGUAACUGUAGCAGCAGCACCACAGGCAGUGGAAGCGGCAGCAGCAGCCGUACGGACGGCGAUCUCGGCAUAUUCGUAAAAAGCGUGCUGCACGGUGGAGCGGCCAGUCGGGACGGUCGACUAAAGAUGAACGAUCAGCUGCUGAGUGUGAACGGUGUGUCACUGUUAGGGCAAUCGAAUGCGGAAGCGAUGGACACAUUACGACGAGCAAUGUUACAGUCUGGUGGUAGCUAUCCGGGUAAAAUAAUACUGAAGAUAGCACGACGCAUUGCCCGUCCUGUAAGUACGGGCGAGCUGCUCGAAACGAUGGAACAACGUUCGGGUGUGGCAUCAAACGGUGAAGAUCAAUCGACGGGUGGUGGUGGACACUCUGGCACAACAGUGAUCUACCUUAGUGCGGACAAACAGUCUCAAAACUCAACGCAAGCACAGCAGCAAAACUCCCAUCCUGCAGCGUCACAGCAGCAACAGCAACAAAGCAAACGUUACAGCAAUCCCGUACUCGAUCGGCUUACCGGUGGUUCGGUGGCCACGGUCGGUGUGAACAGCAACAGUACCGGAUCGUUACAUCAUACCAGCACGCUGCCACUCGGUGCAUCAGCCGGCGGUGGCAGCAGUGACACGUUAACCGGCAGCCAUUACAUCCGUAACAGUAGCACAAACAGCAGCACUAGUACGAUGAACAGCCAGCAACAACACCAUGCGCCCAACAACCAAAGACCAUCGGGGCAACGUUCGUUUGCACCGUCCGCUUCGUCGCUGGUGCAACCAUCGUCGGCACCGCACGGAUUGCGCAACGAGAGCUAUUACAUGGCCACCAAGGAUCACUGGAGUACAACAUCGUCCGCCACCAGCCUGAACGGAAGCAACGUUGUGCUGAUCGAAGAAGAUCCCGAACCUACUUCACCCACAUUUCAUAUCACUCGUUCACUGGAAGGUGGUACCACCGGUGGUAAUGGUGGCAGUGUCGGUGUACCUAAUAUCGGUGGUAUGCUGGGUAAUGGUAACACCUCCACACCGAACGGUGCUGACGCAACGUACGCAUCACAGCUAUCGCUCGAAACGAAUCCACCACCGUCGGACGCAUUCAGCCGGGAUGCAAUCGGGCGACGUUCCAUGUCGGAGAAGCAUCACGCCGCUAUGGAUGCACGGGAAACCGGGACGUAUCAGCGGAACAAAAAGCUACGGGAAAAACGGGACCGCGACAGUAAGCUGCUUAUGGCGGCUGGUGGUGGUACAACCGUGACAACGUCCGGUGGUUCGCUCGAAUCGAUCGAUCUACACCAGAUGGCGCGCAUGAACAGUUUGAAGCAACAUCACCAUCAGCAGCAGCACGGUGACGGUAAGGGUACGACAACCGCCGCACUGGCGGCACAUCUGUUGCGGGCCGAAGCGCAGGAUCAGCUCGGUGAUCUUGGACCUUCGCUAGGGAUGAAGAAAUCAUCCAGCCUGGAAUCGUUGCAAACGAUGGUGCAGGAAAUACAGAUGGCGGACGAACCGAGGGGUCCAAACGCGUUACGUACACCGCGCGGUCGUGGACGGGAGGAAAUACUACGCGCGGUAGUAGAGCAACCGGCAGAAACGCAAGCGAAAAAACACUGGCUCCUUGAGGACGGUCCACCCGCAUCGAUGACCAACUCCGGCGAGUUCCCGGACGGUGGUUUCGUGUCACGCAACAGUCCCUUCCAAUCGUCCCUAAACGAUGGUAAAGGGGCAAAGCUACGGGCGAAGAAGAGUGGCGGUCUUCUACGCGGCAUCGGUCACAUGUUCCGAUUUGGCAAACAUCGCAAGGAUGUGAUUGUACCGACGGGUACAAUUACCUCCACCGGUUCCGGUGAGCCAGCGAUCGACUAUACCGGUCCGGCGGCGGUUCCCACCCAGCAGCAACACACCGGCCCAUCCGCUAGCGCUAUGAUCGACAGCAGUAACGGUGCUGGUGGGCAGAAAAAUGGCGGAAGUAAUACCAUCGCGAAGCGUGGUACACUUAACACCGGUCCGGCCGGUAGCAAUGCGUCCCGCUAUAUUGUGUUCGAUCCCAGUUCGGUGGAACGGUCCGCUUCAUCCGGUGUCGUUUAUGGCCAUACGCAACCACCACACUAUCAACCGCCGCCACCACCACCACCGGUCGGUACGGGUGGUGGACCGUCGGGUACCUCGAUACACCAUACGGAUGUGUUUAAUCAUCGAUACUCUCACUACGUUAACUACGAGGAGCUGCAGCAACAGAUUAGCCGACGCCAUCAUCUUUAUCACUCGCAACGUUCCGCCCGUAACACACCGCCCAUGAUGGAUAUGGGACUCACCGCAACGAUCGCACAUCAGCAGCAGCAGCAGAAGCAUCUGCACACCUCCACGCUGUCCAACCAGCAGGGCAAAUAUAAGACCAGUCGGCCCGCCUCAAGCUACCACGACGGUGGCGGGUACGAAACGAUCUCCACCACCGGUCCACCAGCGGCGACGGUGGUACAUCAUCGGAAGGAACCGUCGAGCGGUGGCCCGAAACCAGACACCGGUGCACUGCUCCAUGAAGAAACGAACGGUGGUGGCGAAUGGCACCAUCACGCGGGCACAUCCGGUGCCGGUGGCUCGAUACGGAACAUGCGUGGUCCGUUCGUAACACAAGUGAAAAUUCAGAAUCAACUAUCAUACCAAUAGAGAGGAAAAGAACAACAAAAAUUGACGUAUGAUAAGCAUAUAGAGAGAAGAGAGCGAGCAAAAAAAAGAAAAAGGGAAAAAAUCCCUUUUACAUGGUUUGUACCGCUUCGUAAUGUGUACAUACCAUGCCGUACCUAAACAUAGAACGAAUUUAGCAUUAUACUCCGUCCUAUACUUCCUGUGUGUAUGUGUGCACACACACACACACGCAAAACAUCCAAUCAAGUAAGGAUGACAAUGAGAAAUGAUUAAGGGCACGAUUUUUACAUGCCAGAAAAAGAAACAUUUAAGGCUCCUUCUCAGCACUCUUUCUCUCUCUCUCUUCACCACGUUUUCUUAAUUAACAGCAUGUUUUAUAUAUUUUUUUAAAAUUUCUCAAAGAAUUAUAUAGGUGUAUUAGAAGAGCAAUGAACUAUUAAACGUAGAUGAUAAAAGCAAAACGGAAACUAAAAACGUGUGUGAUUACCCUUUCUCACAUUCCUCGUCCAUACAUCAACGAGGAAACAAUCUCGCCGAGGAUCGGUUUUUGUGGCAAAGAGGUUAUUAUUAGAACCUAAAUUUACAGGGAGAUUUAAUAAGCUGCAUUAAACGAACUCCUGUGUCUGUGUGUAAAGCAAAAUAUACAAUUGCAAAUGCCUUAAAGUAUGUACUUUGCCUGAAGCAAUGAUCUUCUUUUAAAAGAUGCGCUAUGAUGAGCUCUUCUUUUUUCUGUUUCCUUCAGCAAAAUUAAAUUACGAAGGCUUAUUAGUCUAUAUCUGUUACAGUUACGGAGUUACGGUAAAUUGAGGAAUCGAUAGAAAAGAAUAUCCGUUUCUCCUCUCAUUAAAUGUACGUUCGUUGAUAUGUAAUAUUUUAGCUUCCUGAAUCUUGUGUCUUACCCGCCUGUUACAUCUUCGGAACCGGUCUCCACUACCGCCGAUAUAUAAUAAAAAAACCAAACUUCCCAUCGGUAACAUAAUUGCGGUUGUGUGCGGAAGGGUAGGAAAGGAAAACAAAUGUACUUAUUUGUAACGAUAAAAUCAUAAAGCGCUUAGCCCAACAUACAUCGUUCUCUUUACGCCCAUUGUGUAUUUAUAUCGGGAAGGCUUGCAUUCCUGCCGUUAGGACAUUCAUAUUUCGGCACUCGACCCCCCCCCCUCGAGGGGGGAGGGUGGUGGUAGGCGCGUAUGAAAAAAAUAAGUUAGAAAAAGAUGAAGACUUAAUGGGGGGCGUGUGUGUGCUAUAUAGGGUGGCAUAUACAUGUAUACAGAUAAUUAUACACAGAAACACAACGCAAUCUCGGUACAUAUAUAGCUGUACAAAAUGUAAUUCACACGUACGUAUGUGUAAAAUGUGUAUCAUAUCAUUCAAUAAAUUUGUAACAAAACAUAAAACAUGCUAAUUUAAA